AUGCUUUCUCUCACAUCAUCGCAACGUUGUUUUCUCUUUAUUUUCUCUCUCUCCCUCUUCUUUCUCUUUCUCUCCACCAACGCUAAAACCUCUCUUUUUCAUUUCAAACGUAUUCCAGAUGGUGUUGAGGUUGAUGAUGAGGUGUUACCAUGGAAAACGAGGAGAUCUAUGGCGGAAGCUGCUGUUUUGCCAAACACGUCUUUGAUAUUGGCUCAAGAAAGGACUGCAAGAAAGGACCCUCUUGAUCAUUUCAACCUUUACAGAGGUGGUUGGAACAUCAGCGAUAAACAUUACAUUGCUUCUGUUGUUUUUACUGCAGUUCCAUUCUUUAUCAUUGCUGCAGUUUGGUUUGUGAUUUUUGGGCUUUCUUUAUCCCUCAUAUGCUUGUGUUACUGCUGUUGUCCAAGACAGCCUUAUGGCUAUUCACGUGUGGCCUAUGCUUUGUCCUUGAUCCUCCUCAUCCUCUUCACCCUUGCAGCAAUAGUUGGAUGUAUUGUACUUUACACUGCUCAAGGAAAGUUUCAUGGGAGCACCUCGAAUACGCUGGAAUAUAUCGUGGGUCAAGCUGACUUCACUGCUGAAAACCUCAGGAACGUGUCAGAUUAUCUCGGUGCAGCCAAGAAUAUUGGAGUUGAUGCUGUUUUUUUACCGGAUGAUGUUCAGAAGAACAUAGAAAAUAUAAAAACAAAAAUUAAUGCCGCGUCUGUGGAACUUUCCACCAAAACUCAUGAAAAUUCGAAAAAACUACAGGAUGGCAUAAAUGGAAUGAGAUUGGCUCUAGUUAUUCUUGCUGCUGUUAUGCUCUUUAUCGCUUUUCUUGGAUUCUUGUUUUCGAUAUUGGGAAUGCAAGGUCUUGUAUACUUUUUGAUAUUUGUCGGAUGGUUUCUUGUUGCCGGCACAUUUAUACUAUGUGGUGUAUUUCUUUUUCUUCACAAUGUUGUUGGGGAUUCAUGUGUUUCCAUGGAUGAAUGGGUUCAGAACCCGACUUCACAUACAGCAUUAGAUGAACUUCUUCCAUGCGUGGACAAUGCAACUGCACAACAAACCUUGUUACAAAGCAGGGACGUUACGAGCCAACUAGUUUUAUUGGUUGACAAAGUCAUUAACAAAGUCACAAACCGAAACUUCCCACCUCAAGCUGGACCUGUGUAUUACAAUCAAUCGGGACCCCUAAUGCCUGUUCUCUGCAAUCCUUACAACACCGACCUCACUGUUCGGCAAUGUACUCCCAACGAAGUUGCACUUGACAAUGCUACUCAGGUUUGGAAGAAAUAUAUAUGUGAGGUUUCUUCUGCAGGCAUUUGCGUGACGCCUGGUCGAAUGACCCCGGCAAUAUCUGCCCAAAUCGAAGCUGCUGUCAAUGUGAGCUAUGCCUUAUAUCAUUAUGUUCCAUUCUUGAUUGAGCUACAAGACUGCACUUUUGUCCGGAAAACAUUCACCGACAUAAGCAAAGAUUAUUGUCCCGGCUUGCGCAGAAACAGUCGAUGGAUUUACAUUGGACUAGUUACAGUUUCUGGUGGCGUAAUGUUGUCGAUGAUCCUUUGGGUCGUUUAUGCGAGAGAGCGACGACACCGUGUGUACACAAAACAGUUCAUUGCUGGAUAA